UUAAGACCAUUUUCAAUUUUACUACAUCCAAAACCUCAACAACCCUUCGCCAUGAAGUUCAGCUUGAUCUGGUCUCUGAGCCUGCUCUUGACUGUACAUGCUGCAGUUAUUCCACGACCUGCUGAGUCCUCGAUGUCUCUCGAAGCAGGUGUCCGCGCCGCUGGAUAUGAAGCUAGUGGUAUUCAUGAGAGAUCUGCAUUGCCACAUGAUGAGGACAAUACUGUUAUCGGGGAAGGGUGGUAGAUGAGCGUUGGAGCUGUCUCGAGGUUAUGUGGGGUCUGAUGGAGAUGUCGUAUGUUUUAGGUGGAGUAUAGCUCCAGCCAAGAGCAAAAGCCUAUAGCCGAUAAUGUUUCUCUCUUCCAUUCUCGUGAUCCAUUAUUACACCUCCCAAUCAAACACUCAACCUAAUCCCAUCCCCAAUCUCCAUUUCACCAUCUUCGCACCUCGUAAAAUGAUCAACUAGUCGAAUGGGCUGCUCACUAUCCUUAUAACAAGCCGUUCUCUGACGAAUCCACUCUCUCCGACUCCUCCAAUCGAGACACUUCCGAGCCUGUCCAUCACCAGUUUGAUUGCGUCCCCAUGUGUAGAGAAGUGUAUCUCCAGUUGUUCCACAUACAAUAUACUGCAGCAGGCUGUCGAAGCAGUGCCAAGAAUGUUCAAGGGGAAGUUUGGGGGGCAUUCCUGAUCGUAUCUCUAAGAGUGUCCGGCGGAUUAUCGUGAGGCAGUGGA